CUAACGGGUCCCACAAUUCAUCAAAACGGGCCCAUCCAAGCCAAGCCCGGACCCACCUCCCACCAUCGUAUAGCGUGUAUCCCACUUCCCCAUUUGUCCCUUUUGCCUCAGUCGGAAACAACCAAAAAAAAUAAAAAAAAUUUAACAGUGUGGAGGAACGAACUAUGUAGUAUACUAAACAAUGAAGCAAAAUAAAGUUUUUGAGAGCCAAAAUCCAUAGAAAGAAAAUUCCACAGCGAGAAAAAACGAUAAAGGGGAUCGCUGAGGCAACUUUAUUUUUUUUCAUUUCAUUUCAUUUUUAUUUGUUCUAUCAAUUUUGGGGAUUUUAGGGUUUAUAUUUUUUUUUGGGAGGAAGAAUUUUGUGAAGGAUGACGGAGGUGGUCGUCCAUAUAUAUGAUGUGACGAAUAGUGGCAACGAUAAGACCAACAACACCAUUAUGCAGAUCAACAAGUUUUUCAAAGACGGUAUUGGUCUUGGUGGCAUCUUCCAUAGUGCCGUUCAGGUUUAUGGAGAUGACGAGUGGUCCUUUGGGUUCUGUGAGCAAGGUACUGGAGUUUUUAGCUGUCCUGCUGGGAAAAAUCCAAUGUAUACAUACCGUGAAUGCAUUGUACUCGGAAACACAGACCACUCUAUUUUCAAAGUGAACCAGAUACUGAGAGAGCUUAGUAGAGAAUGGCCCGGACACUCAUAUGAUUUGUUGUCAAAGAAUUGCAAUCACUUUUGUGAUGAAUUUUGUGAAAGACUCCGUGUUCAAAAGCUUCCUGGUUGGAUUAACAGGUUUGCUCAUGCUGGUGACGCUGCCGUUGAGAUAGCUGGAACUACUGCUUUUAGGCUGAGGCAAGCUAAAACAGAGAUUGUUACAGCGAGUAAAGUGGCUUAUAGGUUCUUCGCAGGAGUGGCUUCCAAUAAUUCCGUUGGCCCCGAGUCUCCUGGCAGCUCUGGUCGGGGAGCUCCUAGGUUUCAAGCUAAUUGGUUUAAAAAUUUUAUCACCACUGGUGCCAAACCAUCUAGUUCAGAAUUGGAGAAUCACAGCGAAGAAGUGCUAGGACAGCAGCAGCAGCAUGUCACAGGGACUCCUUUGAGGCAAAACUCGCGGCAGAACAGCUAAAAGAGUUCCACUCAUCUGCCCCGUUCCGUGUUAUAGUUCAUGAUGUAGUCGGACACGAGGAAUAUCGUUUCUCACAUCAAUCCUUGUUAUCGUCAAGAAAAUGCAAGCUUAUUGCUGUUGAUUUGUUGUGGAAUUAUGUAAAUCAUUUUGUUUUUUGGUGCUGCUUAAAUGUUGUAAUUUGUUAUGGGAUUAUGCAAAAUUGCUCUGCUAUUUUGGUUCUGUUGAUUAAUACUAGAAAACUGUACGGACAAAUUGACAAUUUCAUAGUAUCUUUAGGUACUUUUCUUCAAUUUCAA